AAGCUCAGCCAAGCCCAGCCAAGCCAACCCAGCCAAGCCCAACCCAGCCAAGUCCAGCCAAGCCAAACUCCCCUCCGAAUAACCGCGCCGUGCCAUUCAAAAAUGUCCCAUCAGCGCAGCGGCAAAGACGGCGGCGGCGACGACGACGACGACCGUCUCGUGUGCUCCAUCUGCCUCGAGCUGUUCACCACCCCGGUGACGCUCGCGUGCGGCCACACGUUCUGCAGCGCGUGCAUCGACAGCACGUGGGCCACCGCGGUGUCGUCACUGGCGGUGACGUCAUCGGCGGCGACGUCACCGUCGCCGUCAUCGUCCUGUGCCGGGAUCUUCUCGUGCCCCCACUGCCGUCGGAUCUUUCCCCGGAGACCGGAGCUCGGCAAGAACGUCCUCCUCGCCGACAUGGUGGACCAACUCGUGCUGCUCAAGCAGCAGAAGUCUGAGAAGAAGAGGGACGGGGGCAAGGAGGAGGAGGACGAGGAGGAGGAGAGAACGACGAGCAGCCAUCGCAGGUGCCGAGAUCACUCAAAGCCGCUGGAGUAUUUCUGCCGUGGCUCGGACGACUGCCACGGCCUCCUCGUGUGCGCCGCGUGCGUUCUCGUGGGGUCGCACAAAGGCCACGAGGUGGUCACCGUGGAGGCGGAACGCGCCCUGCGCAGCGAGCGCGUGAGUUUGGUGAAGCGGAAACUUCGCGACACGGAGACGACAGCUCGCGGGAGGACGAGCAGCCUGCGGCACGGAACCCGUCUCGUGCAGGAAGCGGCCGAGGAGACAAAGUCGAGGCUGGGCGCCAGCUACGGCGACCUCCUUCGCCUCGUCGCCGAGGACCGCGAGUCGGCGCUGAGGGCCGUGGACGCGGAGCGCGACGCCAAACUCUCGGCGAUCCGGCGCGACAUCGGGAGCUGCGCCGAGGUGCUGGCCGAAGCGCAGGAGGCGCUGAGAGCCGUCGACGAUCUGGAGGCGACCGAGGACCACGUGGAGUUCAUCCAGAAAUGCAUGACAAACUGGGACAGCUUUGUGAGCCUGGAAAGCGUGCAGGUGGAGCCGGCGCUCGACCCGCCCUUGGAGUUCGUGGACGCGGCCGCGCUGCAGGAACGCAUCGAUGGAUUCCUGGCAUCCUUCAGAGCCUCCCAGAGCGAGGCGUCACCGGGAGAUCCGGCACGUCACUUUGGGGAGCUUGGCUAUCGCGAGUUUAUCAGGAGAUACGGCUGCUCGCCGACUCUGAACGUGGACUCGGCCCACCCGGAGCUGCGCUUCUCCCCCGACCUCCGGAGGAUGACGCUGGCGCGGUGCCCGCAGGCCCUGCCCGACGCCCCCGAGCGAUUCGACACGGCCAAGCAGGCCCUCUGCUCCGAGCCCCUGUCCUCGGGCCGCCGCUACUGGGAGGUGGACGUCGCCGGCUGCGGCUGGUACCGCGUGGGCGCCGCGUACGCCACCAUCGCGCGCAAGGGAGCCGGCACCGAAUGCCGCCUCGGGGAGAACGACGAGUCGUGGUGCCUCCUGCGGGACAGCAAGAGCCUCGUGGCGUGGCACGGCGGGUCGAAGGUGCCGCUGAAGCUGGCCGGGGGCACUCCUCACCUGCGGCGGGUCGGCAUCUAUCUGGACUGGGAGGCGGGGCUGCUGACGUUCUGCGGCAUCUCGGCGGGCGGCGGCGGCGGCGGCGGCGGUGGCGGCGCGGUGACGCUACACGCGUUCCACCACGAGUUCACGCAACCGCUGCUGCCCGCCCUGGCCGUGGGUUGUGUCACCCAGAGCCUGAGGAUCAUCGAGCUCGGGGGAAAGGAAGACGAUGAGGAGGAGGAGGAAGAGGAGGAGCUGCCGCCGUGCUCGUGAACACCCCUUGGGACUGCGGUUGGGCGGCGCCGACCAUGCCCCCCUCCUGCUGACCACGCCCUUAACCGAGACCACGCCCUUAACCGAGACCACGCCCCCAACAGACCACACCCCACACCGUGUCGUGCGUUGGACGAGCUCGCCGCGAAAUUUGGCUAAGCUCCCCGGCCUCUUCGUCCAUUGCCCAUUCUCUUCCCCUUCUCUCCCCUCCACUUCUUCACCCUCCCCGAACCCCCUACGCACCCAUCGAUCGUGACCAGCUCCCCUCCUCCUCCCUAUCCCCUUUGCACCCCUCCUAGUCACCCAUUCCUCAUGCGCUUGCCCGCCCCUGUCAUCUCGAUACAAUUCUUUGUCCGUACCGUUGUUUAAAUAAUGUUAAGCGCCGCGGUCGAAGGCGUUCUACGAGCACAGAAUAAGACGUCAACACCUCGUGAGUACCAACACGCAGAUGGAUGUAAAGUUAAGAGAUUAUUUAAGGCACGCUCAAAAAAAGGCAUCUUUGGACGAAACAAAAAUCUAAUGGUCAAACGGUGUACAGGAAACAAAAAAAUACAUUUCUUCAUUUAAAGCUUUCGUGACUGCAGGGAUUCAUAUUCUUGGUUCUUUCGGUAAAGUCACGUAGAGGGGAAAACAAUAAAAUAAUA